AUGUCAACAGUGUUCUCUGUUCUUCUCUUCUUUACCAUCAUCAUAAGCUUCUUGGCAAUUUCAACGACGUCUGUUUCAUCUCAUCUCCAUCCAGAUGAGUUGAAUGUGCUAAAGAAGAUAGCCACUAAACUUGGUGUGAAGGGACUAAACCUAAGUUAUGGAGACCCUUGCAUUUUACGAACUCUAAAGAUGGAGCAGAAAAUUGGGGAUCCGGAGAUUGACAACACGGUCAACACCAUUCUUUGUGAUGUUUGUUUCAACAACACAUGUCAUAUAACAAACAUAGCUCUCAAGACCCUUAGCCUUCCAGGAAAACUCCCACCAGAGUUGGCCAAGCUUCAAUAUCACCAAUCGAUUGAUUUAUGUCGGAACUACCUCUCCGGGACAAUCCCAAUGGAGUGGGCUUCACUGUCAAACCUCACUGUCAUCUCACUCUGCGCAAAUAAUUUGUCUGGGACUUUACCAACUGGGUUGCAAAACUUCAAGAAUCUGACUUCCUUAUCCCUUGAAGCCAACCAGUUCUUUGGCACCAUUCCUGAUGAGCUUGGUAACUUGACCAACCUAAACGUGUUGCAACUUGGCUCCAACCAAUUUAAUGGAAGCCUACCUAGCACUCUUGCUAGACUGGUAAACCUUACGGAUUUUAGGGUAACUGACAAUAAAUUCCAAGGCACCAUCCCAGAAUAUAUUGGCAAGUGGUCUCAGCUUAAAAAGCUAUAUCUAUACGCUAGCGGACUGAAAGGACCUAUUCCUGAAGCAGUGGCCCUCCUAGAAAAACUUACUGACCUGCGUAUCAGUGAUACGACUGGGAUAAACAUCGUUCCAAAUCUAUCCAGCAACGACAUCAAGACCCUGAUUUUGAGGAAUGUGGGUUUGUCUGGUCCAAUUCCUCCUUACGUCUGGGAAUUUUCAAAGCUAAAGACUCUUGAUUUAUCGUUUAACAAUUUGACUGGGGAAGUCAAAGGAGUUCAAGCACCACAAUAUACGUAUUUGACUGGAAAUAGGCUAUCUGGAGAUGUUGAAUUUUCUGGUUUUAUAAAUAGCAAAUCUAAUAUUGAUCUCUCUUACAACAAUUUCUCUUGGUCAUCUACCUGCCAUGAAAAGAGCAACAUUAACACAUAUCGGAGUUCACAUUUGAUGAAUAACUUAACUGGGCUUAUUCCAUGUGCUGGUCCAGUCAACUGCACGAACUAUAAGGGGUUUCUACAUAUAAAUUGUGGAGGAGAAAACAUAACUAUUACAAACUCUUCAUAUGAAACCACGUAUGAAGCUGACAACAACGUGACCACAGCCGCAACAAAUCAGCACUUCAAAGAUUGGGGAAUCAGUAACACAGGUGAAUUCACAGAUGAUAAGCAGGAGAAUGAUAUGUACUUCUUCUCAACACUAUCUAGAGAUUCUAACGAACUGUAUAAGACUGCGCGUCGAUCUGCUCUCUCUCUUGUUUAUUAUGCAUUUUGUCUGAAAAAUGGAACCUACAAUGUGAGUCUCCAUUUUAUGGAGACUCAAUUUUUCGACGAAGAACCCUACAGUCGUCUAGGCAGACGCAUAUUUGAUGUCUUUGUUCAGGGGGAAUUGUUCUUGAAAGAUUUUAAUAUCAAAAAGGAAGCUAAGGGUACUCUGAAGCCUAUUGUGAGAACAAAAAAAGUUAAUGUGACCAAUCAUAUGUUAGAAAUUCGGUUGUAUUGGGCUGGGAAAGGGACAACCCUCAUUCCCAAAAGAGGAAACUAUGGCCCUCUUAUCUCUGCAAUCUCCUUGUGUCACCAAAGUCUGGAGCCACUAUGUGGAGCUCAAAAGAAAAAAGGAAACCACUUUGUUUUAAAGAUAUUUUAUUCUGUACCUUGGUGUAUAUAUGAUGAUGCAUCAGCAUCACGUAUAGAUAUAUUUACACUUUUUUGUGUCUCAUUUGCAGUAGAGAAGAAAACACAUCACACUGGUUAUCCACUAAUAUUUGGGGUUUCGGGUACCGUGGUUGCAAUAACUCUCUUGGCUUUGGGGUUAUAUGCUCAGAAAAAAUGUAGAGGAGACAAGAACACGAGAGAAAGAGACUUGAGAGCCCAGGGUUUGCAAACGGUUUGCUUUACUUGGAGGCAACUCCAAGCUGCUACAAACAAUUUUGAUGAAGCCAACAAACUUGGAGAAGGAGGUUUCGGAUCUGUGUUCAAAGGAGAAAUGUCAGAUGGAACUGUCAUAGCAGUUAAACAGCUUUCUGCCACGUCAUGCCAAGGAAAUCGAGAGUUUGUGAACGAGAUAGGCAUGAUCUCAGGACUAAAUCAUCCCAAUCUUGUUAAGCUUUACGGAUGUUGUGUAGAGAAGAUUCAACUGCUUCUCGUCUAUGAGUACAUGGAAAAUAACUCCCUUGCUCUAGCACUUUAUGGAAAGAGUACCUUAAAACUGGAUUGGGCAGCCAGACAAAAAAUCUGUACUGGAAUCGCGAAAGGGCUUGAGUUCCUCCAUGAAGGAUCGAUGAUAAGGAUGGUUCACCGUGACAUAAAAUCCACUAAUGUGCUUCUAGACGCCGACCUUAAUGCAAAGAUCUCAGACUUUGGAUUGGCUAGGCUCCAUGAAGAAGAACACAGUCACAUUAGCACCAAAAUAGCAGGAACCAUCGGAUAUAUGGCUCCGGAAUAUGCAUUAUGGGGUCAAUUAACUGAGAAAGCAGACGUGUAUAGCUUCGGAGUUGUGGCAAUGGAAAUUGUCAGUGGGAAGAGUAAUACUAAACAGAAAGGAAGUGUUGAUCAUGUCUCCCUUAUCAAUUGGGCACUGACGCUGCAGCAGACAGGGGACAUCAUGGAGAUCGUAGAUCCAAAGCUUGAAGGUGAUUUCAACAUGAAAGAAGUAGAGAGGAUGAUCAAAGUUGCUCUUGUUUGCACAAACUCAUCUCCUUCCUUAAGGCCAACAAUGUCAGAGGCUGUCCAAAUGCUCGAGGGAGAGAUGGAAAUAACACAGGUUAUGUCAGACCCUGGUUUGUAUGAACACAACUUGAGCAUCUCAGAGCUGAGGGGCACUGGUAGCUCGAGCACAUCUGGUUUGACUGAUCAAACAACAACGACAAUGAAGUCCUCUGUUUCUAGUUGCGAUCUCUACCCAUUGUACCCUGAAUCCAUGAUCCUUAACUCCACUGUAGAGCUUUCUUCCUCGUCACGGUAA